AUGCUUAUAAUAGAGGACAUAGACUUGGAAAAACUGAAAAAAGAGAAAUUGGUGAAACUGCUACAUGAGCAUGGUCGUAAAACACGUCCUAAGGUUAAUGAAGUUUUUGAUCCAUCAAUGAAUUUCAAAUUGUCACGUACGACAAAUUCUCUAGCUGUCAUGGACAUGAUGGCAUGGUAUAAAGUGAAGGAAAGAACUCUUUUGUAUCUCAGUUUUUUGUCUCAGUCAAUGGUAGAGGUUCUGAUGAAACAAUUUGGUGACCUAACUGUGACUGAUGUGGAGGAUGUUGAUGGGUAUUUGGAGAAGACCUAUACACCUAAAGUAGCCGUUACUACUAAGAUUAUGGAGCUGCUAAAGUUUUGUAAACAAGAACAUGAAUCUAUUCCUAUCUUUCAUGCAUCUUGUAUAGCAAAGGUCAAGUCUUUUGAAGCUAUCUGUUCUUCACGUAAUGUCAUCGAAGUGUGCUUACAAAUUGCAGGUUGUUAUAGUAGUGAUCGGUUGAGAGAGAAAGCCUUGGCUUACUUGGAAGAGAAACUAACGGGUAAAGCUACUGUUGAGAUAACGGAGUUUACUGAAAAGAUGGAGUUCCAUGCUUCAUUGCUCUCUGAGGAGUCUGUCAAUGUAGUCAAGUCGGUGUAUAAGAAGAAACGUCGUAAGAAAAAGAAAGCUAAGUCAGUAAACGCAAUUUUGUCAAAUACUGACUAUGUUAUUGUUUCUGUUAAUUCCGCUGAGGUUGAUUAUGUUAAUAAAGAUCUUAGAUAUUGUACAAUACGUGUAGCAUCUUCUUUUAUUCGAUUCAAAAUUGAUACUGGAGCAGAUAUCUGUCUGCUGUCGGUGCAUUCCUAUAGCUCUCUUAAAAACAAACCGAAGAUGUCUCAUACUUUGAUUCAAGCUCGUAAUUGUAAUGGUAGGAUAUUUAAGUUGCUUGGAUAUUUUGAGGAGGUCAUCUUUGACCAUACAGUAAAAAUUUAUGUAGCAGAUGUGUUGUCUAAUUUGUUGGGUGGUAUUAGUGCGUAUAAAGCUGUAGCUAGCAAAUUGAAUAGAAUAAAAGAUAUUUUACAUGUGGGUGCUGAGAUCUCGGAAGAAUCCUUGAGCUAUGAGUUAAUGAAGAAAUUUCCUGUUUUAACGGGAGUGAAAUUUUCUUCGCUUGGUAUUUCUGGUUUUGUCGCUGAUUCUGAAUUGCUACCUGGAAUAACUCUGAAGUAUAUUUUAGCUAGGAAGAUACCGUUAGGGUUUGAGAAUAUUGUUAAUAAUCUCCUGGAUGAGUGGAUUGAAUCUGGUAUUAUUGAAUCACUGGGUGAUAUAAUUCUUUCUUGGGCUAGUCCUCUUAUGCUUGCAAGAGAAGAGAACAAGAAGCCGCGCCUGUGUGUGGAUUUUUCAGGAGGGGUGAAUCGAUCUGUAGUUGAAUUGAAAUAUGGAAUUCCUCAUACGUUUGAGAUGUUUUCUUCGUUAGAUGAUGCGAAGUUCUUUUGUCAUUUGGAUCUACAAUCGGCAUUUUUACAAAUUCUUAUCUCAAAGAGGUUGCAACAACUGUUGAUUAUUAGUACUCAUAGAGGACAUUUCAAAUUUUUGAAGUUACCUUUUGGGUUUUGUAAUAGUCCGAUGUUGAUGCAAAAAGUGAUUGAAGGGUGUUUACCAAGCACUCCAUGGUGUAAGAAAUAUUUUGACGAUCUUCUAAUUUUUGCUGAAUCGAAAGAGAUGUUGUAUAAACGAGUCAUGCAUAUACGUGGUCUACUGGAUGCUAGAGGUUUUCGUUUUAAUAUGGGCAAAUGUGUUUUCUUUACAUCAAAGAUAUGCUUUUUGAGUUGGAUCAUCGAAAAUGGAUCGCGUUCUAUUGAUCCUAAUGUUGUACAAGCUAUUAAAAACUUCCGAUUUGGUAAACUUUGUGAAAAAUAUUCUCACUUUGAAUGGACUUUGCAAACUCAAUCGGAUUUUGAGUGUGUCAAAAGUGCUAUUUGUUCUUCUGUUAAGUUGUUUAAUUCAACUUCUUUGACCAGAUUAUCAACGGAUUCCUCUUCUUUUGCUGUGGGAGGUGUUCUUCAACAGUAUGAUAAAGACAAGAAGUGCUGGCAAGCGGUAUGGCAUUUUUCUAAAUCGUUAAAUCAGGCUCAGAGAAACUGGAAUCAGUCAGAGAAGGAAUGUUAUAGUAUCAUUUCUGGAUUACGAAAAUUCAAGUAUUUUCUUCUUGGAAGACACUUUGAAAUUCAUACGAACCAUCAAGCGCUUUUAUCUCUGAUCAACCACAAAGAUGGUAUUCCAGUUUCGACGUCAGGUCGUUUGCAAAGAUGGAUUUACGAGAUGCAGCAUUUUAAUUUCUCGUUAAGUUUUAGGAACACUUCUGUCUUCGGGGAAGCUGAUACAUUGAGUAGGUUAUGCUCUGUUUCUAGUGCUAGUGGCGAAGAUGAAAUUAUCAUAGCUGAAUCAUCGUUAUGGAUUUUAAAAGAGUGGAAAGACUUUUCGCUGACUAAGGAUAAUGCUGGGUUACGGUGGUAUAGUCAGAAUAGAAAAAACUUCAGAUCUUUUAAUGGGUUAGUGUUAUAUAAAAAUAGGAUUUGUAUACCGGACUCAUUACAAAGUAAAGUUAUUGGUUUUCUACAUAAUGAUCAUUCGUCGUUCUCUGCUAUGAUCACUCGGUUUCGGAAGGACAUGUUUUUUAAAGGUUCGUAUCAUCUAUUAGACAAAUUGUAUAGAAAUUGUCCCGUGUGUCAAGCAAAUAGAAAGAAGUCUGCUCGUACACAUAGUUCUUGGGUUAGUACUUAUCCUAGAGAAUUCGUUCACUGUGAUAUUAUGUAUAAUGGUCGGCAAACAAUGUUGGUAUUCGUUGAUAGUUUUAGUAAUUUUGUCUCAAUUUAUCCGUUAUCAUCGCUUUACAAAACUAAAGUUGUGGAUCUGUUUAGGAAGUUUAUGUUAACUUAUGAGCAGGUUAAGCAUUUUGUUUGUGACAGUGGUACACAGUUUCAAAAUCUUCCGGAAGAAUUCAAUUGUAUUGUUUGUCCAUCUAAAGAUCACCAAGGAAAUGGUAAAGUAGAGAGAGUUAUUCAAGAUUUUCGUCGUCAUAUGAAAAAAAAUAGUAAGGAUAAAUCUAUUAGAGUCAUCAUUGAUUCUUUUCUUUUCAAAGCGCGAUAUUGUUUGGCAUCAGAAGGUCAAACUACUGCUGCUGCUAAAUUUUUUAUGAUUCCUAAAGAAAGUUCUCUUAUAUCGUUUUCAAAUGGCAAACCAUUAGCUGAUUCAACUAAUAGAGUAUUGAAGGUGAAUCAGAGAGUGCUAGCGUUUUUUAAAACUGGUAUUCGAUGA